CUGGCAAGUCACAGCUUGAAAAGAGACAUACCAAGGACCAUCAGUACAUCCGUUGACCCCCGUGCUAUUACUACAGCUUGAUAAUCCUCCUGACUUUUGCGUGCCGCCCAUCGUUUCCUGAUGUCGAUGCAAUGUUACAGGAACAUCAGCCUCGCUGAUCGAGGGAUCUGUGUCAGAAAUCAUUAUAUCAGCGCCGUCCAACCUGGCACCAGGCAAAUGUCAAGUUGGAACUUCCCCUUCAACCCUCUAUUCCUCAUCGCUGUGGGCAUGAAAAUCAUCAAGCAUCGAGGUCCAAGGCGCCCAUACCAGGCACCGGUUGCUGAGAAGAAUGACGGUCCGUGCAGAAAAGCAUUGCUGAUCGGUAUCAAUUACAAGACGGGCAAGGGUUCUGGGAACGAGCAGUACGAGCUGCAAACACCCCAUCGCGAUGUUCGUGACAUGAAGGAUCUACUCAUCAAGAAUUAUGGCUAUGACGACGCGAACAUCACCAUACUAUUGGAUGACGGGAAAUCUGCCGAGAGUCAACCCACGCAGUCAAACAUUAUUCGUGAAAUCAAAAAGCUUGUCCAAGACGCGAAGUCUGGCGACCGUUUCUUCUUUCAGUACUCCGGUCAUGUCGGACAAGUAGAGAGUAAGACCAACAGCGAAGAGGACGGGAUGGAUGAAUGCUUGAUCCCUUGUGAUCAUGAUCAUAACAAUUCGAGAAAGAUCACAGACAAUGAGUUACGACGGCAUCUCGUGGAUGCUUUACCAAUCGGAAGUAGCCUGGUUGCCGUCUUUGAUUCGUGCCAUUCCGCUUCGCUCUUGGGUGCGUUUAUCAUACUAUUUAAGCGUGCUCAUAUGUUCCUACUAAUCGUUGCUACUGCAGAUCUCGACCAUUUCCGCUGUAACAGAGUUUACGUUCCUUGGAUAUCUAAAGGCCGCCGCAGGUCCGACUCCUUGUGGAACCGUAAUGUGCGACGUCAAGCCAUGGUCCUAAGCAGGUCGGUGUAUCAGACGAAACGUGUCAGUAAGAAGGUUGUCAAGUCCAAGAAAACCUCCAUCGGGAGAAUUGCGGACGCAAAUGAUGAUAGAUGGCUGGACGAUACAGAGUUAUCUCCUAUUCCCAGGUGUGAUUCCCCGAUUGCGUUAUGGCCCUGUGAAGGAUUUUGCCAGCCUUCCGACACGGAAUUUCCGUUUGUGAUAUCUUUGGGAGCUUGCAAGGAUGACCAGCUAUCCUGGGAAGACAGCGAAGGAGCCUCUAUGACUCAAGCUCUUAUCGAAAUCCUCAAAAAAGACCCUCACCCAUCGUUGAAAGAUCUAAUGACGAAUGUCAGCCACGAAGUACAUAAGGCUGCCUUAAACUUGCACAAGAACGUUAAGACGUACAAAAAGAGCAUGAAGGAGUGGCGCAAAAACAUGGAAAGGCUAGGCCAAAAAGCAACCGUGUCUGUCUCGGACUCUGUUCUGGAGAUGGACAACUUCCAAGAUCCACAGCUCUCUAGUCACAAACCCCUGGAUAUGAAUGCCCCCUGGCAGCCACACCGAUUAAAUUAAGUUAUGGACUAUGUAUCUUGCUCUCAUUUUAUUGUACCUUAAACCUUUUACGUAGUACGUUGUUAAACCAGUCCAUUGUAAAUACAGUAGGGGGAGUAGCAUGAGAGGGGGGGCACGUAGUGUGUUGGGUCGUUAAUAUUGGGUUGUAGCUGAAGUACAGUUCG